CAGUGAGCCGAACUCUCCCUCUGGAUGUAAACAAAAACCCUGCAGGAGUGUCCUUACCUGCGGGAGUGCAGGCCGCCCUUGUCCUGCCACCUGCUUGUCUUCUUAAGUUUGUCUUUUUGACGGGGGUGACUCAGCCUUUUCAUCUUGUCCUGUCUACCUGCAGGUAGCGGCGGCUCAACCUAUCAAGCCUGCCGGCGGCGGCUCAGCCUCCUCGACCUGCUCUGCAGAGGUGCAGUGCGGCUUAUAAUGCAAUGCACUCUCUCCCGUGCAUAGGUGCACUGUGACACUGUCUUACUGUCACUCCCGUCCACGUGUUGGUGCACUGUGGCACUGUAGCUCUCUCAUCCCAGGGAAGGCUGAGCCAGAGAUAUGGGGCGACUCUGGUUCGCUCAAAAAUUGCUGUCACACAGAGGAAGGCAGUUCAUAUUUAGUUACUGUCCAAGACUAAUUUACAGCCAGACUGGCGUGUGGCCCAUCACAGAUGAUGAACUGAGCCACAGCACCAAGAAGGAGAUUGAUGCAUUUUGGAAAGAAAAAUACAAAAGAUUUGGGCAAAAACCAAUAGAGGAUAAAGAUGAUGGAGGCAGCCAGGGGAAGAAGUACGUGCUUUCCAUGUUCCCAUACCCUUCAGGAAAACUUCACCUGGGGCAUGUUCGGGUCUAUGCCACCAGUGACGCCAUGGCCAGGUUCUACCGCCACAGAGGCUACAAGGUGGUCCACCCAAUAGGAUGGGAUGCUUUUGGCCUGCCGGCAGAAAAUGCUGCCAUUGACAGCAACAAGAUGCCUGACCUUUGGACCCACACAAAUAUAAAUCAGAUGAAGGAGCAGUUGCAGGAGUUGGGAUGCAAUUUUGACUGGCACCGUGAGUUUGCCACGUGUAACCACAACUACUUCCGUUGGACACAGAGCCUCUUUCUGCGGCUGUUCCAAGCAGGACUGGCUUACCAGAAAGAGGCAAUGGUAAACUGGGACCCAGUGGACCAGACGGUGUUGGCUAAUGAGCAGGUAGAUGAGGAUGGCUGUUCGUGGCGGUCAGGUGCAAAGGUUGAGCAGCGUUACCUCAAGCAGUGGUACAUCAAGAUCACCAGAUUUUCCAAGUCACUAUUGGACGGCCUGUCAGACACAGCACUGGAAAACUGGCGUGACAUCAUCAAAAUUCAGCGCCACUGGAUUGGGGAGUGUGGAGGCUACAGAGUGGAGAUGGAUGUGGCAGAGGAGGGCCACAGCAGUGCUGGGACAAAUCAAAGAUUGCUACCAGCUUCAAGACUGAAUCUGUGGAUGACACAGCCAGAACUGCUCCAUGGCAUCAGCUUUCUUGGGGUUCACCAUGGCCAUGCACUUGACACAGAGGCACACAGGGGGCACUGUUGUGGUGGUCACCAGCUACUCAAGGUUCAUGCCAUCUGUCCCCUCAGCCAGCGGGAAAUUCCAAUAAUAAUGAGUGACAGUCUGCCAUACACCGAAGAUACAGAAGCUUAUGUGGGCAUUCCUUGUGUUUCAGAGGAGGACAGAGAUAUUUCAAAUAACUUUGGCUUCACAGUCCCACAUGUUCUUGAGAAUGGCAGAUUAAUGAAUUCAGGAGAGCUGAGUGGCCUGUCUCUUGCAGAAGCAAGGGGGCAAGUCACUCAAAAGCUCAUGGAGAAGGGAGCUGGAGGAUUCCCAACCAGUGCCAAACUGAAGGAUUGGCUCAUAUCUCGCCAGCGGUACUGGGGCACCCCCAUACCCAUUGUCCACUGCCCCAGCUGUGGACCUGUGCCUGUACCUGAACACCAGCUGCCUGUAGAACUGCCUAAAAUCUCUCACUUUCCAAAGAGAGGCAUCUCCCCACUGAAGGAGGCACAUGCCUGGCUGAAAUGCUCCUGUCCAAGGUGUGGGCAGGAAGGUCAACGAGAAACAGACACAAUGGAUACCUUUGUUGACUCCUCGUGGUACUUCCUUCGCUUCCUGGAUGUCAACAAUGAGGAACAACCCUUCAGCUUCAAGCUUCAGGAGACCUUCAUGCCAGUUGACCUUUAUGUUGGAGGAAAGGAACAUGCUGUGCUUCACAUGCUGUAUGCUCGAUUCAUGCAGCAUUUCUUGGCCACUGAAGGUUUGGUGAGCCACUGGGAGCCUUUCAAGAGAUUGGUCAUGAUGGGAAUGGUGAUGGGGUUGGCAUACAAGGUGAAGGACUCUGGCCGCUAUCUCACCAAAGACCAGGUGGACUUCUCUGUGAAGCCACCAGUGGAGCUGGGCACAGGAGCACCCCUUGUUAUCACUACUGAGAAGAUGAGCAAGAGUAAAAAUAAUGGCAUUGAUCCUCAGAAAGUGUUGGAGAUAUACGGAACAGACACCACAAGACUCCUCAUGCUGGCAAAUUUUGCACCAGCCUCGGCAAGAAACUGGUCUGAGGAAACCUUCCCAGGCAUCUUCAGUUGGCAGAAUCGUCUGUGGAUGACAGUUACUGAGUUUAUUGAUAUCAGACAAAACAAAGACCCCAACUUGACCUGUAUCAGUGACAAAGAGAGGAAGGAGCACGAGCAAUACCUGUGGAAUGCACGCAACCAUGCCCUCAGCAAUGUCACCUACAUCAUGGAGCACACCCAUCAGCUCAACGCAGCCAUCUCUUUCAUGCAGGCACUCACCAACAGCCUCAGGAAAGUGCCAAAAAUCUUAAUGGUGAGUGAGGUGUUUGAACAUGCACUGGCAGCUCAAAUCAUCAUGCUUUCCCCAAUAACGCCUCACUUUGCCAGCGAACUCUGGGCUGGAUUCUGCAGUGUGGUGACUUGCUCCUCUCUUCAGAAGGAAGUAUCCCUGAUGAACCAGCCAUGGCCAGAGGUGGACAAGGACUACCCUCUGCCUCUUAGAUACUUUAUCCAAGGGGAGAAGCCGCAGCAAGUGAAGGUUCCCCGGAGGAUGUUAGACCACCUCAGUGCAGACCAGGCACUGCAGCUGAUCUCUAAGGAGGAGAAUUUCCAACAGUUUCUUCAGGGAAGAACAAUAGUAGACACUCAGCUGAAAAUCCUUCCUGGGCUGAGGGCCACUGUGUUCUUCACCUACAGUGUGCAUGAUGUGGCCAGAGCCAAAGAAGAGCUGAAAAAGAGGAAAGAAGAAAAGAAAAAACAAAAACUGGAGAACAGGAUGAUGAGAAAGCAAAGAGCAGUAGACUGAUGUACAGUAGGAUAUGUGUAUAUUACUAGCCUUCAAGAUUAAAUUGUUGUUGAUGUU